UCAGGCUCAUCCAUUGUCUUUAUUGAGAGUGCGGUACACAGAGAGGUCCAGGUGGACUUGGUUAUGCAGCUCACAUGUGAACAAACUUAGGUCUUUCCAUGAAGCAGAGACUGAGGAAUCCACCGGAGGCUAACCCCAGGCCAUAUGGAACUUUGAGGGUGGCCCCUAAGGAUUGGGCUUCCAAGGCUGGGUAUGUGCCUUUGGGCUGGACUAGAGCCAGAUUUGCUAUAGAGGAACAAGAAAGGGGAGGGAGAUGUAUCUCACUGUGCUCUUUUGCCCUUUAGCAGGAAGUGAGUGUGCAACGAAUACCUUUUUACCAGGUUUCCUGUGAUUAACCCCGAAGCCUGUAUGAAUGAUGUGUACUGCCAAGAAAUGUGGAAUCAGAUUCCAGCCUCCGGCCAUUAUCUUAAUCUAUGAGAAUGAAACCCAGGGGAAACGUCGACAGCGCAUCAUGCCCGUCCGGAACUUUUCAAAGUUUUCAGACUGUGCCCGAGCAGCUGAGCAACUAAAGAAUAAUCCCCGACACAAGUCUUUCCUGGAACAGGUGUCCCUGAGGCAGUUGGAGAAGUUGUUCAGUGUUUUACGAGGUCACCUGCGGGGGCAGAGUCUGACAGAAACCAUGGACCAAAUUCAGCGGGAAACAACCAUUGAUCCCGAGGAGGACCUGAACAAACUGGAUGACAAGGAGCUUGCCAAGCGGAAGCGCAUCAUGGAUGAACUCUUUGAGAAAAACCAGAAGAAGAAGGAUGACCCAAAUUUUGUUUAUGACAUCGAGGUUGAGUUCCCACAGGAUGAGCAGGUGCAGUCGUGCAGCUGGGACACAGAGUCUGCUGACGAGUUCUGACAUAAAGUCCUCGGAGAAGUGACGGGCUGGCAAAAUGUCUCUGUUUAUGCAGAGCAUGCACUGGUUCUAGAAAAAUCUGUCAAAAGCACAAAAUGUAUGUGUUGGGUCGUAGUUGGAUUGACCAUGUUACUUUUCAAAAGCAGGACAUUUACGCCUACAGGGUAAGUGCACAGAGACUAUAGGACAUUCCAUGUAUCUGUUCUGUAGAGCAACCUGCUUUUAAGGAGGUUAAAAUCUCAGUACAAGUCAAAAGCUUUUGCAAAGGUAAUGAGGUCUGGUGUUAAGAAGAUGAAAGCCAGGUGCCUGAUAGAGGCUAGAGCAGGUCAGAGCUUCGAUUGUCAUAGAGUUGGAUGGUGAAGGGGCAGGUAGGACUUUGAUCCUGGAAAUCAUAGAGUGCAGUAGUAGUUUAUAUGGGAAGGAGAGAGAUUGAGAGAUAGGAAAUAGACAGUUUUAUUUGAGGAGCAGUGAGCAAAUUAUAAUUGGACAAUAUUGGAGGGCAUGUGCAAUUGCCAGGACGUUGUUCUGGAUACACCAUGUCCAUGCUUGCUGACAUCCAGAGUAGAAGCAUAACCCUGCAAAAUGCCCACAGCUGCACAUGUGUCGCCCAACGGGUAUGAUGGCCAGCAGGGGAAUUCUGCCCCCGUCAUGUCAGGAAAUACAUAACACAGGCAUUUCUGAAACCCGGAACCUCUUCCUGUAAAUAAGAGGUUUGUUUAUAAAAUGGGAAAUCCACCCAUAAUAAAUGAACAAUAGAUACUGCCAGUGUGGGCCUGCUUGUGGUUGGAAGUCUAUAAAGACACAAUCUUUGUUUAAGCAGGUUAUCUAUGUACGGAUAUGUUUAUUCUCACUGGAAUGUUUAAAUGGUAGAAAUCCUGUGUUUUCUGCAAGGUAAUAUCUAUCAAAUAAAACCAUAAGAGCAAUUA